AGUAUCCCUGGUAUGAGAAAAUCUGGAUUGAGGAAGCGGAAAGUGUGGGAAGGCGAUAAUUUGGAGGAGAAUGUCAUCUGGACAAUGGAGAAUCUGUGAAAGUACAGGAAGCUUACCAUCCACAUUAAAUGACAGCAUGGGCUUGCUGCCUUUCCCAGAAACAGACAUGUCCUAUGUGUUUGUAAACGAUUCUUCACAGACAAAUGUGCCUCUGCUGCAGGCUUGCAUUGAUGGAGAUUUUAACUAUUCCAAGAGGCUCUUGGAGAGUGGCUUUGACCCAAACAUUCGCGACAGUGGCCGAACAGGCCUCCACCUAGCAGCGGCCAGAGGAAACGUAGACAUCUGUCAGUUGUUGCAUAAAUUUGGUGCUGAUCUGCUGGCCACUGAUUAUCAAGGUAACACAGCCCUUCACCUGUGUGGGCAUGUGGAUACCAUUCAAUUCCUCGUGUCCAACGGGCUCAAAAUAGAUAUUUGCAAUCACCAAGGUGCUACACCUCUUGUUCUGGCAAAACGAAGAGGUGUAAAUAAAGAUGUGAUCCGGUUGCUAGAAUCUUUGGAGGAGCAAGAAGUGAAAGGAUUCAACAGAGGAACUCACUCGAAGCUGGAAACAAUGCAGACUGCUGAGAGUGAAAGGUAUUGCAAUAAAAACCAAAUCAGUAUUGUUUACUGGUUCAACAUAGCUGAAUGAGUUCUCAUGUUUGGA